AUGAAGGUUCCCUCUCUCGGGCUCGUCUUGGCCGACGACGGCAGCGACGAGGACGCCGCGACUGACCCUGCCGCCGAGCCGCUUCUUGCUCACACCGGCAUGGGAUCUUCAUCCGAAACGACCAGCGCCGACACCUGCUCUGGCUCAGAUGCCGACGCGGCGCGCCUCGUCCUCAAGAAAAUUGACCGAACGAUCAUCCCGCUGCUCUUCGUCACGUACAUGCUCAACUUCAUGGACAAGGUGGUUCUGUCCAGCGCCGCCGUCUUUGGCCUUCGUGAAGACAAUCACCUUCAAGGUCAGCAGUACAGCUGGGUCGGCAGCUCCUUCUACUUUGGCUACCUCAUGUGGACGUAUCCCACCAGCGUCCUCAUCGCGCGCCUCCCCACUGCCAAGUAUCUAGCAGCCAAUACGCUCCUUUGGGGCACAGUGGUCGGUCUCACCGCCGCUUGCAGCAGCUUUGGCGGCCUCGUGGUUCUUCGCUUCCUGCUGGGCGUCGCCGAAGCCACCAUCAGCCCAGCCUUCAUGUACCUCACAUCAACUUGGUACACGCGUGACGAGAUUCCCAGUCGCGUAGGGAUCUGGUUCGCGGGCAAUGCAAUCGGCGGCAUCGUGUCCAGCCUUCUCGCGUUUGCCGUUGGCCACGUCGGCGGUGACAUCAGACCCUGGCGUUGGAUGUACAUCAUCCUUGGAAUCACGACACUGCUUUGGGCCGUGCCCAUGUUCAUUCUGCUUCCAGACACCAUCUCCAAGGCGCGGUUCCUCACUCCAAGGGAGAGACGGCUGGCGGCCAGGCGUGUCGUUGUAGCGGGCAUGGGCACUUCCGAGAACGCUCGCUGGCAGCUGAAUCAAGUCAUCGAGUGCCUCAUCGACCCCAAGACGUGGCUCAUAUUCCCAAUAACCUUGCUCACCCAGAUCCCCAACGGCAGUACACAGAACUUCUCCAACAUUGUCAUACAGUCUUUCGGCUUUACUAACCUUCAGUCGACACUGAUCAAUCUCCCGUACUCCCUCAUCAGUGCCACGGCAAUAUACGGCACUGGAUAUAUGGCAGGGCGCUUCCGCACCCUCAACUGCUUACUCGUCAUCGUUGCUGUUAUCCCCUGCGUGAUUGGUGCCGCCGUCAUCUUCUGCCGCGACCGGGUUCCGCACGGCGUCCAGCUUUUUGCCUACUUUCUCCUAUCAACCGGACCGGCAUCCUUGCCGCUAGUUAUGGCUAUGGUUUCGUCCAACUAUCGUGGCGUUACCAAGAAGAUGACCAUCACGGCCAUGCUUUUCGUUGCCUACUGCGCUGGUAACAUUGCCGGGCCUCUGCUGUUUCGCAAGGAAGAAGACCCCACAUACGCGACGGCUUUCGGCGCCAUCAUGGUCUGCUACUCGCUCGUGGUCAUCCUAACAUUUGUGCUGAGAUCCUACCUCCAAAGGCUUAACGCGAAGAGAGCAAGGGAUGAGGGAUUCGAGGGCAGCGCCGGGGUAGCCGGCAUCCUUGCGGACGGGACGGUGCCAAUGGCUGUCGACGGAAAAGGUGUUGCACAGGCGGUGACUGAAGCCCAACUUCGGCCCGAGGACUACCAAGACGUCACUGAUUGGAGCAUGAGAGGGUUCAGAUAUCGCUUGUAG